AGGUGUCUACUGGCGACAUCGCUAGUCUAUUUUAAACCCUCUCUCUACGCCAAAGCCGUGCUACGCAGCACACGAUACUCCCACAAUGACUGGUGAAGCAUGGUUGUACCUGUUGGCGGUGCUGAUAAAUGCCGUCAACCUGUUCCUACAAGUCUUCUUUACUAUCAUGUACAGCGAUCUGGAAUGUGACUACAUCAAUCCCAUCGAUCUCUGCAACCGCCUGAACACCUACAUCAUCCCCGAGGCCGCCGUUCACGCUUUCCUGACCUUCCUGUUCCUCAUCAACGGAUACUGGAUUGCGUUGAUCCUGAAUCUGCCUCUGUUGGCAUGGAACGGAAAGAAGAUCUUCGAGAACCAGCAUCUGUUGGACGCAACGGAGAUCUUCAGGAAGCUUAAUGUGCACAAGAAGGAGUCUUUCAUCAAGCUGGGCUUCCAUCUGCUCAUGUUCUUCUUCUACCUCUACAGCAUGAUUGUCGCCCUCAUCCGCGACGAGUCUCACUAGGUGGGGAUCUCGGUAGCCUUGUUGGUAGUUGUGUUCGUGGCUUUGCUACUCACAGCGAACUACGGCUAGCGACUCCAGAGACGAUUAAAGAACGAUGGAUAGAUACAGUUGAUAUCCGGCUCGGG